UUUGCCUUUUCCCCAACAAAGAUCAAAUCUCAGGUUAAAUUAUUAGAGAGAGAGAGAGGGAGAGUGAGUAUAAUUCUGAUACACGUCCAGAGAUAGAGAGGGAGAAGGAGAGACCAAAAGGCAGUAUAAAACUCACAGCUGUAGCAAGUUUAUCGCCGGCCACAUCACGUGCUCUGCAAAUUCUCUUCGUCUCUCUCUCAAUUUUUCGAUUGUUUAUGCUCUGAAUCAUAUCGGUCUUCUGAUUCUCCCUUUUCCCCAAUCUGAAUCUCCGAAUUGUUCCAAUAAUCAGCCCUAAUUCUUACUAUGAGAGAGAGGAAAUCGGCGAAGUUGAAUCAACAACAGCAGCAGCCGCAGCUGCAGCAUCAUCCGAAUGGUCACUUGUCUCCGUUUAAAUUGGCGAAAUUGUUAGAUCCUGAUGCUUCAUGGGACAAGGAUCAGCUUGGAGACGUGCUACAUUGGAUUAGACAAGCAUUGGGCCUUCUUUGUGGAUUAAUAUGGGGUGCGAUUCCUCUAGUUGGGGGAGUCUGGUUUCUCCUGUUUGCAGUGUUAUCUACGGGGAUUAUCUAUGCAUAUUAUGCCCUUGUUCUAAAAGUUGAUGAAGAAGAGUUCGGAGGUCAUGGAGCCCUUCUUCAGGAGGGACUUUUCGCUUCAAUGUCCCUCUUUCUGCUUGCGUGGAUUCUAGUAUACAGUUUGGCACACUUUUGAGUUUUGACCGCUACUUGGAUCACGGUGCUUUGCUCUCAUAUGCGGACAACGGGGAUCGGGCCUUUUAGUUUUGAUGUGUUAUGAAGUGAACCUUCUAUGCCUUGAACUCAUCUUGGGGAGUCGAAGACUUUGUUGUAUUUGUGGCUCUUCUCGUAUUAGCUCGCUAACUCACAGUAUAGGCUUGUCUUUUUUUUCCUUAUUAUUUUUGUUAUUAAGAUUUUGUUUCUCCUUUUCUUUAUUUAUUUUGAGGUAUAAUUUCUUAAAUCGCACUCUGUGCAUCUACACGGAACGUGACCUAUUAUUCUCCCACAAUAAAGCAUUCACUAUUUUUAUA